AAUAGGCAGCCACUAACACCUAUGGAGUGAUCUUUGCUUGCACUUGUGGCAUCAUAACGGGCAUUGGUUUCUGUGCCAACCUCCUGGCCUUCUCCCUCUUCGCUAAACACAAGAACCUUCAUAAAAACCGUCUGGACGUUCUUCUCCUCAGCAUGGCUCUGGCAGACUUCCUCACGCUUCUCCUCAUCCCCUUCACCAUCCACUCUGCGAUCACUUUCUCCUGGCCUCUGAGCAACACGUUCUGCAAGGUCUAUCAAUUUCUGCUGGCAUUCUCCCUGGCCGCCAGUACAUACUCCCUGUGCACAGUAUCUAUGGUUCGCGCCAUGAUCAUCACCAACCCCUACCGCCCUCCAACCAUGGACCUGGUGGUCCUCAUGUUUAUUCUGGUCUGGGCCCUGAGUUUCUUUAUAAGUCUGCCGUUACGUAUUUUCGCCACUAAGGAAGGCUUAGGCCUAGGUUUGAGUAACUGCACCUUUUGUUUGCCAACUACACAGGAACAUCAUUACCAGGUUGCUCUCAGCCAAUUUGUGCUGUACUAUCUCAUACCAAUGCUGGUUAUCGCCGUCAACUCAGUGCGUAUGGCUCUUUUUCUGCACAAGAGGCCCGUUAUGUCCCUCGCCAGCACCCGGAACACACGCCGGGCGUCUCUCAUGGUGUUUUUGGCGGCUGGGACAUUCUCCUUGUGCUGGCUGCCAGGGUAUGUUCUAGAGCUGUGUGUGUAUUUGGGACUUUACCGGCAUGGGCGUUCAUGGGAGAUGUUCCACUUCACCUGCACGGUUCUCCAGUAUCUUCACCCCUGCGUGAACCCUGUCCUCUACGUUCUGCUGUCCAAACGCUACAGGCGGAAGAAAGAUUGGCUGUUCAAAUGCAAUAGGAAACGGGUGCAUCCACAGAUUAUUAGCGUGAUGAAGAGUUUCUGAGGAGGAUCAACAACAUUUCAAAUCAUUUAUAACAUGUUGAACCUAAAACUGAAUGAAAGCAUGGUUUGUUUGGUUCAAAGAGAUCAAUAAUACUCUGAAAAAGUUGGUGUAGCUAUGGCAUCUACUGGUAAUAAUGAUCUACCAAUUCUAAAGGUGUGGUGGUCACAUGAUAUUAGCGAAAUAAAUUUCGGCGGAAUUUCGCGGGCAAAAAAGGUCCACUGUGUAUAUAGUGUAGCGAUGAAUGAAGCACAGCUCACGCAGAAGGCACUUUCAAACCAAAAACGCUGCUUUCUGUUCGUAAACGCGGCAAAUCCGCAUUACCAACUUGAACUCGAUGAGAAAUCUGCGUUAGGAAAA